CCCCCCCCCCCCCCCAUUCUACCAGCCCGUCAUCCCUCCCCCUAUUCACUCUCCCCCUCCCCUACAGUGGGGGAGAUGGCGCGCGCGGCUGUCAGUUGGUUUCUCCGCCGCGCGUUGUGCUCGAGCCGCCCGUUAGGCGCUGGCCCGCGCCGGGGCCCGGUCAGCCCACCCUCAGCAUGGGCCUACGCUGCGGUGGAGCCGGCGAGGCCGGAGCAGAUGGUGUUUGUGGAAUACGCAGCCGAACUCGAGCAGCAGGAGGAGGAAGAGGAGAAGGGGAAGGGGAAGGGGAACAGUGAGGCGGCCUCGAGAAAGGCCGAGGCCUCAUCCGCGAGCGGGGCUCUGCGCCGCCAGCUCCAGGCCUUGGAGGCGCUGAGUCCGCCACCGGCGGCCGAGCCGCAAGUGACCGACCCGGACUUCCCGGCGCCUGAGCUGCCGUCGAGGAAUAAGAGGCGGCGGCAGGAACACCGGGUGUACGGUACUGCCGACCCGUUAGAGCCGGCCAGCGGCUCGCCGUGCUCGGGCUGCGGUGCCGUGUUGCACUGCGUGGACCCGUCCCUGGCCGGUUACCUCCCGAGCGAGAAGUACAAACAGCUGCUUCAGGCCGGCACCUUGCAGCGCUCCGUGUGCCAGCGAUGUUUCCUGCUGGUGCACCACCAAAAGGCGCUGGAGGUUCGGGUGCAGGAGGGAGAGUACCGGCGCCUGCUAGGCCGCAUCGCGCAGGAGUCGGCCCUGGUACUCUACAUGCUCGACCUGCUGGACCUGAGCGGCAGCCUCAUUCCCGACCUGCGGCGGCUGGUGGGCGAGCGGAACCCCGUCCUGGUGCUGGCCAACAAGAUCGACCUGAUCCCCGCCGACUGCCAUGACUACCUGAAGAGGCUCCGGCAACGGGUGUUACAGCACUGCGGCCUGGCCGGCAUUUGUACCGACUACCGGGGUCGGGACGUAGUGCACCUGAUCAGCGCCAAAACCGGCUACGGCAUCGAAGGGCUGAUCUCCCGGCUCCAGAGCUCCUGGCGCUACAGAGGCAACUUGUACUUGGUUGGCAACACCAACGUGGGCAAGUCUACCCUCUUCAACACCCUCCUGCAAUCUGAUUUCUGUAAAUCAAAGGCCCCCGAUGUCAUCCAGAGAGCAACAGUUUCCCGCUGGCCAGGAACUACAUUAAACCUUCUUAAGUUUCCAGUUAUAAAUCCCACACCGUACAGAAUGUUUCGAAGGUCAGAAAGAUUGAAAGUAGUUAAGUCACAAACUGAAGCUGACCUCGGUGAAGAAGAGUUGAAGCAACUUCACCGACUGAAGAAACAGGGCUAUUUGAUUGGUAGAGUUGGCAGAACGUUUCGUAACUCUCAAGUGGGUGGUGAGCGAAACAAAGAAAUAAUUGAAUGGGAUCCAGAUGAACUGUCCCUGAGUGCAGAACCUGAAGAUUGUAAGAAAGAAAAUGUCUCAAAUGCCCAAAAGGUGGUGGAAUUCACAUACAAUGAACUGAAAGAUGCUCGCUGGUUUUAUGACACGCCUGGCAUCUUAAAGCAAGACUGUAUUUUAAAUCUACUUACAGAUCAAGAACUGAAGUUUGUUAUGCCAUCGUCAGGUAUUGUUCCUCGGACAUAUGUGCUACGACCUGGUAUGGUGUUAUUUCUGGGCGCCCUAGGUCGCAUCGACUUUCUGCAGGGAGAAAAGUCGGCCUGGUUUUCCGUAGUUGCUUCCAACCAACUUCCAGUCCAUGUUACAAGCCUCGAUAAAGCAGAUUCAAUCUACCAGAAGCAUGCUGGAAAAGCAUUACUUGGGGUUCCUAAUGGUGGAGAGGAGAGGAUGAAAGAUUUCCCUCCCUUGGAAUCUCAGGAUAUUGAGUUAUUUGGAAUUGGUCCUUUUGAGGCUGUAGCUGACAUAAAGCUCUCUUCAGCAGGCUGGAUUGCAGUGACAGCUCAGUCACAGGAUAAAAUUAGGCUUCGGGCCUACACUCCUGCAGGAAUUGGUUUAACAGUUGAAAAGCCUCCCCUUCUACCAUUCAUUAUCAAUGUUAAAGGAGAACGAAUAAGAAAAUCCCCAGCCUAUAAACUUAAAAAGCUACAACCUAUUGUGGAAAAUCUGCGACCAUUACCUCAAAAACAUGGCCUGCUCAAAGAAUGGAAACAUGCAGGAUAUUUGUAAAGGUCAUUAUCCCAGGGUUUGUAAAUAAAUUACUGUCUGCUAAGUCCUAUUGUGUAAAUUAUUUUUUGGCUAUGAUUUUACAAGGAAGGGCUGCUUAGUAAUCACUGUCACCUUUAAUUCUCUUAAUGGAGUAUUUACUAAUUUUCAAGAUGUGAUUUUUCCGUGCAAUCAUACCUGAAAAGAAGUAUUUUUUAGUUGUGCAAUCUGACAGUAUUGCGAAUAAAUAUAUGCACCAAAUCUCUAAGACAUUUAACUCCCUGACAAAUUUAUAAUGCCAUGUGCUGAGUUUGUACAAGUUACUACAAGACUAGCAUCCUGUUUUGAUUCUUUUGUUUCCAUAAUAAGAGAAUCAUAUUUGCUUUUAAUUUGUGUAUAUGUAACUUGCAUUGACAUGUGGUUUGUAAAUUAUGUAUAUAAUGAAAUUUGUAUGCCACGGCUACAGUUACCUCGACUGUAAGUAAACCUGAUGACUUUUUUCUGUUCUGUGUUUUUGUUUGAUUACUAGCAUUGCCUGAACAACUAUUUCUUGUACUUGUACUUUAUAAAUGUGAAUUGUUGUGACAAAGA